AAAUAAGAAGAAUUGGUCGCACUUCGGACCGUCUACCUCGCCGAGGACGCGCCUCGACCCGCUUCCUUCCCGCGCUUCUGCAUGUCUGGCGGCGUUGGCUUCUCGAUGCCAGAGUACCCGCGCAAGCGCAAGUCGACCUCGGAUGAGCUCACCUUCUCGGACGAUGGGAAUCUCGACAUGUCCGCCAUGGACGGCGGCGGCAAUGGCAGCGCCAAUGGCACGCUCACAGCCCGCGCCGAGACGGGUUCACUCAAGAUCAAGAUCCGAAGGACCGGCAAGUCGGCCGUCUCGACGCCCUCCAACAGCGCGACCACAAUGCCCACCAACAGCGCGACCACAAUGGCAGCAACACCAGCGAUGCCCGCUGGCUUGAACAACAUGUUUGGCGGGGCCAUGUUCGCGCCGCCGCCAGCCAUGCCCUUCUUCCCACCCAUGAUGGACCCGUCCAUGUCUGGUGGGUUCCUCGGCAUGCCGAUGAUGCCCAUGAUGCCGAUGAUGCCCAUGAUGGGCCUCUCGACCAUGAGCCUCGGGUCGCAGACCAGCUCGACAGACAUGGUGCCACCCGCGUCGCUUCCGUUCCCGACGUCGGCCGCGCCUAGCAUGGACCUCGGACCACCCCCACCGUCGGGGCCUGCGCUCACGGUCGAGCACUCGCUCAUGGGCGGCGGCAUCGAGCUGCAAAACGUCGUCAACGUCGACACGCAGAAUUUUGACUGGAACCGCAAGGCCACCGCGAGUAGCAGUGACGAGGCGCUCACGGGCCGGCCGCGGUCCGAGUCGCUCCCCAACUUGAACCUCCUCGACGGGCUCUCUUUACAGCGCGAAACAUCGUUCUUCAAAGAAAUAUAGAUGGCAGUGUGUAUGCAU